UUUUUCAGCGCACUCCCACGCCGAUACGAUUGAUAGAGUCCUGUACAUCUACAGACACCUUCACAACUCGAGACCGUGUCGGUCUGCGCAGCCUGCUCUCGGAUCACACCUUUCACUUGUCAACUUGUGCUUCAUCAGUGCAUCGCCGAGCUUCGCACCUCGGCGCAAACAUGUGAGCUCUGUCGCAUGAUUUGCGAACGCCUUGAGCGGCACGGCCGUGUCACCAAUGCAGAGAACUACAGAGCUCACGUUGAAGGCAAAUACCAGCUCGUCAACGACACCUCCGUGACCGUAUCUACCAAUGGAUACCACGCCGCCGCCGACCAGAAAGCUCAUCAGUUCGUCUUCACAUGUGGCCCGCUCAAGCGAGAGAACGUUGCGACCCAGCAAUUGACGGAAGACACGGCAGUUUCUUGGUUGGCUGUAGAGGCAGAUGAAAAUUCUGCUUCUGCAGAGGCUGUAACGACUCUGCCUCUUGCAGUAUCCUCACUUAGCGAUCGCACUUUUAGUUUGAUCAACAGCUGGAUCACCUCAUGUGUAGAUGGACACGAGAAGUGCCAGAUGGGCUACACACAUGAGGAACUUCAGCACGCUGGACUGGUUGACGACGAAGGUGCGAGACUGAGGGCCAGGUACAGCGAAGAGGACGGCGAAUUGCCGACCAGGCUUUUCGACGUUGAAUUCUUCGAAGAUCACGUCAUGCUUAUUGAUUCAGCGUCAUCUAGAGGUAAGAAGAUGAUAUAUUGCAUUGAGCCACGGCUAGGACGAGACGAAGCAUUUCAAGACCGGAACCGGUACUUACGACAGACAUCGAACUAGAAUCCCGUUCAAAGAUCUGCCUAAGACCUUCCAGGACGCAGUGCUCGUCACGCGCGCUCUGGGCUUGCGAUAUCUGCGGAUCGACUCGCUAUGCACGCUCCAAGACUCUCAUACUGACUGGGAGAGAGAGGCGUCUCGCAUGGCCUCUGUUUACAUGGAUGCUUACGUCACCAUCUCUGCUGCAGCUUCCAGCAACAGCGAUGGUGGCUUGUUCUUCAAGCGCGAGCCAACAGCCUGCAGUAUUUGACUCACCUAUACGUCACCUUCGGGUACAGACGGUACUUGGACUAUCCACAACCGGACUUCGAACUUCUAACAAUAAGUCCGCCAAACCACGCUAGAUUCGCGAGCGUGGAUCUUACAAGAGAAGCAGCUAGC